ACAUCAGGAAGCUUGCAGGCAACAGUUGGGGAUCCAAGUGCAGAGCGUUCCAGGCUGCCUUGGAGAGCAAUUGAUUGAGGGAAGUGGUGUAGUACAGAAGUCCUGCCCUCCAUCCAUCCUUGCUUGGUUUCUUCUGUGUUUUCCGGGACUUCUCAUUCUCUUACUGCAGACCUCUCCUUCCACUGUGCUGUACUUUUAGAAGGGACAGACUGGGAUGGGUUGUGGAAAUUCUUCUGCCACUAAUACCACAGCAGGAGGUCCUGCAGAGGCUGCAAAAGACGUGACAGAAGAUCCUUCACAAGAUGAUGAGAAAAGAAGGAACUAUGGCGGGGUGUAUGUAGGACUACCGACAGAUAUGAACACAGUGCCAGCCAGUCAGUCCAAGUCCAUACAGAAAGAGUAGCACAUCAGAAGUAGAGCAACAAGUAACUGCACUACAGUUGAAUAUCUAUAGAAAGAGUUUCCUUGGACCAAAAUAGACACCAAAAUGACCUCUGUGUGACACUAUAUGGUCCUGUAUGAAGUGGAGCUGUGCGACUCUCCUCUGGGAUUCUACUCGUACAGGAAUAGUUGCUCUCUGAACACGUCAGUUGAUGAAAUGGACUUAAAGAGGCUUCUUUGGAAAAGGAAACAAAAGGAGAUCCUGACAUUUAAAUGGCCCUGGGGCCAAAAUGGUGUUUGUAGCUCAGGAACACACUCAACCCUAAUGAAGGCAUGUCAACACUCAAACCUCGGCUCAGACUUUGCAAUAAAGGACUAAUCUGCAUCUAGGCUCCAAUGUGAGACACUAUUGCCAUAAUGAAACCACUGAAACAUACAUACAUGUUGAUCAGAGAAUUAAUUUUCACAGUAUGUAGUAAAGAUUAAUCCAGCACUCAGUCCAGCGGUAUGUAGUAGUGAACGAAGCUGUUCAACUCACUGUGUUCAUCACUAUCCAUGACCAAAUAAACAUAGAACUAAUACAUUACACUCUUCAUGCUACUAGAUACAGUGCAAAUUAACUCAGCUGAACUAGGAAGUACUGGGACAAGUACUUA